UAUCUAAAGUCAAGAAGAAAGCAAAAUGUCCUCAGUGUCAUCUGAAUACACUAUUGGUGGGGUGAAGAUUAACUUUCCUUGUAAAGCUUAUCCAGCACAGCUUGCUAUGAUGAGUUCUAUUGUCAGAGGGCUAAACAGUAGUCAGCAUUGUCUGUUGGAGAGUCCCACAGGAAGUGGAAAAAGUUUAGCCUUGCUUUGUUCUGCAUUAGCCUGGCAACAGUCUCAUGUUGGAAAGCCAGUGGAUGAGGGCUUGAAUAAAAAGCCUGAGGUGCCGUCAUCAUGUUGUUGUGCAUGCCAUUCAAAGAAUUUGACUUACAGUGACAUGAGCACAGGCACAUCACCUCAUUUCAGUAGUCCAAGCAAGCUGUCUGAAAGAAAUGGGACUUCGUCACCCUGUCGAGACUCUCCUGAAAAAAAUACUCUGGCUGCAAAGUUAUCUGCCAAGAAACUGGCAUCCGUACAGAGAGAUGAUGAUGAUGAUGAUGAUUUUCAAAUAGAGAAGAAAAGAAUCCGACCCUUGGAAACUACACAGCAGAUGAGAAAACGUCAUUGCUUGGAAAAGGAUGUCCACCACUUGGAUGCAGAAGUAGCUUCGGAAAAGAGAGUAAAACCUGAGGCACCUGUAAGAAAGACAAGCUCCUCUUUCCAAAAUUUCGAUGGCCUGUGUUCUAGGUGCUGCUGUUCUGCUAAGCAAGGACACAGUGAAGACUCUGCAAACACUCUGAAGAAAGAUCACGGGGGACAAUCCAAGAGACCCAAAAUUUAUUUUGGGACCCGCACACACAAGCAGAUUGCUCAGAUCACUAGAGAGCUCCGAAAGACAGCUUACUCAGGGGUCCCAAUGACCGUUCUUUCCAGCAGGGAUCAUACUUGCGUUCAUCCUGAAGUAGUGGGCAACUUCAACAGAAAUGAAAAGUGCAUGGAACUACUGGAUGGAAAACAGGGAAAAUCCUGCUAUUUUUAUCAUGGUGUCCAUAAAAUUAGUAAUCAGCAGACAUUGCAGUCUCUUCAGGGGAUGUCCAAAGCCUGGGACAUAGAAGAGCUUGUCAGCCUCGGGAGGAAACUGAAGGCAUGUCCCUACUACACAGCUCGAGAGCUGAUAGAUGAUGCUGACAUAAUCUUUUGUCCCUACAACUACCUCUUGGACGCACAAAUAAGGGAAAGUAUGGAUAUAAAGCUGAAGGAGCAAGUUAUCAUUUUAGAUGAAGCCCAUAACAUUGAAGAGUGUGCUCGGGAAUCAGCAAGCUACAGUGUAACAGAAGUUCAGCUUAGGUUUGCACGGGAUGAGCUAGAUAGUUUGGUCAACAGUAAUGUAAGGAAGAAAAGCCAUGAGCCCCUACGAGAUGUGUGCUAUAACCUCAUUAAUUGGCUAGAAACAAAUUCUGAACAUCUUGUAGAAAGGGACUAUGAAUCGUCUUGUAAAAUUUGGAGUGGAAAUGAAAUGCUCUUAAAUUUGUACAGAAUGGGCAUCACCAAUGCUACUUUUCCCGUUUUGCAGAGACAUUUUUCAGCUGUUCUUCAAAAAGAAGAAAAAGUCACAUCAGUCCAUGGUAAAGAGGAAGCAAUACAAAUACCUAUUAUUAGUGCUCCAACUCAAAUAAUGCUCAAAGGACUCUUUAUGGUGCUUGACUAUCUCUUUAGAGAAAAUAGCAGAUUUGCAGAUGAUUAUAAAAUUGCUAUUCAACAAACUUAUUCCUGGACAAAUCAGAUUGCUAUUUUUGAUAAAAAUGGGGUCUUGGCUCUACCAAAAAAUAAGAAACAUUCACGACAGAAGAUUGGAGUUAAUGUGCUAAACUUUUGGUGCUUAAAUCCAGCUGUGGCCUUUUCAGAUAUUAACAACAAAGUACGAACCAUUGUUCUAACAUCAGGAACACUGUCACCGAUGAAAUCCUUUUCAUCCGAGCUUGGUGUUACAUUUAAUAUCCAACUAGAGGCUAACCAUGUCGUCAGUAACUCACAGGUUUGGGUUGGUACUGUUGGCUCGGGCCCUCAGGGUCGGAAUCUCUGUGCUACCUUCCAGCAUACGGAAACAUUCGAGUUCCAGGAUGAAGUGGGAAUGCUUUUGUUGUCUGUGUGCCAGACUGUGAGCCAAGGGAUUUUGUGCUUUUUGCCAUCUUACAAGCUAUUAGAGAAAUUAAGAGACCGUUGGGUUUCCACUGGCUUAUGGCAUAGUUUGGAGUCAGUGAAGACAGUCAUCGCAGAACCGCAAAGAGGAGAAAAAACUGAUUUUGAUGAAUUGCUGCAGGUGUACUAUGAUGCCAUCAAGUUCAAAGGAGAAAAAGAUGGAGCCCUUCUCAUAGCGGUUUGCCGUGGCAAAGUGAGUGAGGGUCUGGACUUCUCGGAUGAUAAUGCCCGUGCUGUCAUAACAGUAGGAAUUCCUUUUCCAAAUGUGAAAGAUCUUCAGGUUGAACUAAAACGACAGUACAAUGACCACCAUUCAAAGUUGAGAGGCCUUUUGCCUGGCCGUCAGUGGUAUGAAAUUCAAGCAUACAGAGCCUUAAAUCAGGCUCUAGGCAGGUGUAUUCGACACAAAAAUGAUUGGGGAGCUCUUAUUCUAGUGGAUGAUCGUUUUAAUAGCAACCCAAACCGCUACAUAUCGGGGCUUUCUAAAUGGGUGAGGCAGCAGAUUCAGCACCACUCAACCUUUGCAAGUGCCCUGGAGUCCCUGACUGAGUUUUCUAAAAGGCACCAGAAAGUUACUAAUAGAGCCAAAAAAGACAAAAAGUGUAUAAAAGACAAGGAGUCUACUCUGGAAGUGGCCCGUGUGGAAGAGGAUAGCACUCUUACAAGUGUGUCAAAAGCAAGUCCUCUGUCGCCAGGAAGUUCUAGGGAAGCAGCAGCAGCAGCAGAAGUGUGUGUCCAGGAGCUGCAGAGUCCAAAAAUGGCUGCCCAAAACCCGUCGGUACUGAGUCACGCUGUCUCCAGCAGGAAGAAAAGUGAUCCAGUGCUAAGAGGCGAAUCUGUUCAAACAGUGAAAACAGAGAGAAAUGUCAUUUCCAGAUCCUCCAGCCCAACUUUCGGGAAGCAAACAGAACCAGUCAGCUGGCCUGUCUUUAAUUCUCUGAGACGGCACUGCACUAGGAAAGUAAAAAAUCACACACCUAUGCUUGUGUCUUCAGAGAGCCACGCCUCUGGCUCUUCCGCCUUCAAGACAGAAGAUAAAACCGCUUUGCCGCUCACGGGUGAAUGUGUGACCUCAAACGAAGCAGCUGAGGCAUUGUUCGCAGCUCGCCCUCAGUCAGAAAUCGUGACUCCUGCUAAGAACCAUUCCAGACAGCUCUUCUGCCCUGAGAAAGACCGCCAUCCGGAUGGGGACUUGCCUGCAGGAAGUGAAGAAGAAGCCAAGCGUUCCAGUUCAAAUAAAGCCACUGAAACAGAAGCAGCAGAGGACGACUCUCUGUGUUUCACACCUGAACUGUUUGAUCCUAUUGACACCGAUGAAGAGCACGGGGAACUUGGGGAACUUGGGGAAGCCGAUAGAUCCAGUAAUGAUUCGGAUUGUUUCUCAGCUGAAGACCUCUUUGAAACUGGAACUGGAUUCGGGCAGAAAUGAGAGUCGAAGGCCACGCAGAACCAAGUUGAAUGGAGGCGU